UGGAAUGAGGAACCCAAUUGAGCUUAAUAGUCUUAUUCCCACUCUACCCUUAUCCCGUUUUGCCCCUAAGAAAACCUUCUCCUCUUCGCCAACCACCACCGCCGCCGGAACCCUAGCAGCCCACUUCGCCCGCGCAGUCGACCGCACCUCCGUCUCAUCAUGGAACUCCGCAAUGGCCGAGCUCGCGCGCGAUGGAGACUCCAUUUCCGCCCUCCGUGCUUUCUCCUCCCUACGCCGCCUCCACCUCACCCCCGACCGCUCCUCCUUCCCGCCGGCUCUCACUGCCGCUGCCGACCUCGAAGCAAAUUCGGCCGGUCGCCAGCUUCACCUCCUUGCAGUCCGCCUAGGUCUCCAUCCUGACCUCUUCGUUGCCUCCUCCCUCGUCCACAUGUACGCAAAGUGCCGCCAUCCCAACGACGCCCGCAAGGUGUUUGACGAAUCUCCCAACCCGAACACUGUCCUUUGGACCGCCAUGAUCUCCGGCUACGUGAGCAACAAUGCCUCCCAGAAUGCCCUAUCGAUGUUUCGUGAUUUCUUGGCCGAGGAGGGACCGGAGGAAGUGGACUCCGCCGCCGCAGUCUCUGUUUUGUCGGCUUGCGCGAGGCUUUCUGAGAAAUUAGCGGUUUUGGGAUUUCACGGUUUGGUUCUGAAGAUUGGCUUGGGAGAUGUGGGAGUAUGGAACACUUUGGUGGAUGCUUAUGCGAAGAGUUGUAAUCUGGGAUUUGCAAGGAAGGUGUUUGAUGAUAUGACUGACAGGGAUGUGGUUUCAUGGAAUUCGAUGAUUGCUGUUUAUGCUCAGAACGGAUUAUCUGCAGAGGCUCUGAAUUUGUACUCAGAUAUGGUGAGGGGAGGGAGAGUGAGGCACAAUGCGGUGACUUUGUCGGCGGUGCUUCUGGCUUGUGCCCAUGCAGGUGCUCUGCAGAUUGGGAAGUUCAUCCAUGAUCAGGUGAUUAGGAUGGGCUUAGAGGACAAUGUGUACGUGGGCACAUCAGUGGUCGACAUGUACUGCAAGUGUGGCCGUGUUGAUGCUGCAAGAAGAGCAUUCAACCGAUUGGGCAGCGAAAAGAAUAUCAAGUCAUGGUCAGCCAUGGUUGCUGGAUACGGCAUGCACGGUCAUGGCCGUGAAGCUGUAAAUGUCUUCAAUGAGAUGAUCUCCUCUGGUAUCAAGCCAAACCAGAUCACCUUCGUCUCAGUUCUCGCUUCCUGCAGCCAUGCCGGCCUCGUUGACGAAGGCCGCCAUUGGUUCGAAUCAAUGAAAAGGGAUUACAAUGUUGAACCCAGCGUCGAGCACUAUGGCUGCAUAGUAGAUCUUCUUGGCCGCGCCGGUCGUUUGGAUGAAGCCUACGGCCUGAUCAAACAGAUGAAGGUGAAGCCUGACUGUGUGGUCUGGGGAGCUCUCCUCAGUUCAUGCAAGACUCAUAAGAAUGUCGAGCUCGGCGAAAUAUCGGCACAUAUGUUAUUCAAACUCGACCCGAGAAAUUGUGGGUAUUAUGUUCUUCUGUCGAAUAUUUACGCUGAUGCGGGAAGAUGGAGAGAUGUGCAGAGGAUGAGGGCUCUGAUGAAGAAAAUGGGGUUGGUGAAGCCUCCUGGAUACAGCUUGGUUGAGCUAAAGGGGACUGUUCAGUGUUUCUUAGUAGGUGACAGGAGGCAUCCAAGGCAUGAAGAGAUCUAUAAGUACUUGGAGGAGCUGAGGGGUAGAAUGAUGGAAGUUGGUUAUCUUCCAGAUACUGCUUCAGUUUUGCAUGAUGUGGAUGAGGAGGAGAAGGAGACUGCUUUGAAGGUGCAUAGUGAGAAGUUGGCGGUGGCGUUCGCGAUCAUCAGCACUCCGCCGGGGACGAUGAUUAGAGUUAUUAAGAAUUUGAGAGUGUGUGGUGACUGUCACUCAGCGAUUAAGUUGAUCGCGAAGAUUGUUGGUAGGGAGAUUGUUGUCAGAGAUUCACAUCGCUUUCAUCAUUUUAGAGAUGGGGUGUGCUCUUGUGGUGAUUAUUGCAAGAUUCUGAAGAGCUGAGAGAUGAAGUUCCUGUUUCAGUGCCCAUGCUGUUCUUGCUUCUGCUUCUUGAAGACCAAACAAAGCAAGCCAAAGGAGAAGGAAGCCAAAAAAGACUGAGAAUUCUCCAUCUUCAAUUGAUUUCUGUAAAGCUGUUCAUAUUUUUGUUCCAAUCUGUCCUAAAUCAGUAUUCAG